AUCAGUUUAGGGUUGAAGGUGAAGCCUCAAAACGCUCAAAAAUGAUCCUUGUUGUCCUCGCUCUGUGCCUCGUCCUCGGCAUCGGCCAAGAAGCUUCUUUAGAAAAGAUAUCUGAUGGCAUCGAUAUCUCACGACCCAUCGAUAUCAGCGAAGAUUCUGACUUGGAGACCAUGCCAAUGCGACAAGGCGAGAGGACUCUGGAGAGAGACCAUGGCGACGUGCUCAGAGAGAAGGAAAUGGAAAGAGCAAUAGCAAAGGAGAGGCAGAUGGAACGCGAUAGCGAGAGACAAACGGAGAGGGAACUAGCCGCUGAAAGAGAGAGAGCGAGAGUACGAGACAGAGAGAGAGAGGCGGCCAAUGAGAGGGAAAGAGGAGCAGGACGGGACAGAGAAAGAGGACGGCAGUCGGACUACGAGCGAGACAGAGGAAUCGAAGCAGAGAGGGAGCGAGAUCGGGAGGAGAGGCGAGGCACACCCACCACGCUUGAAAGGAGACGAGGAGAAUUUGACCCUCACAGACCAACUAAUCAAUUCAUCUCAGCCAGUGAAGCAGAAAGACAAAGAGAACGAGACCGACAGGAGGAGAUCGAACGAGAGAUCAGAAAAGCCGAACAGAAGAAAGAGGCCCUACGAAAUAAGUCUUUGGUCAGUGCUUCGUAUGACGUCCGACCGUCCAGUAGGGUAGUCGACAACCGGAGGAACGAAGAUGACAGAAUAAGGCAAGCUGAGCGCGAGAGAGCAAUCCAGAGGGAGCGAGAGCGAAACGAAAAGUCGCAUCGAAGGGAUGAAGGAAAUGGUCAGAGAGAAAGAGACCGAGACCAGCGUCGAGAUGGAGACUCUGCAAGAGACCAUGAUCAUAAGCACGACGGGCAUCGGUUUAGCCAUGAGAAACCUCCCAUUCUGAUCAUCGAGGAAGUGCCAAAUGACUCAACUAGCGGAGAGCACACGAACAGACGCCCAGUGUGGAGAGGGAGACCGAAUACCAACGAUAGGUACAGGGGCCCCGGUGGCGAUCAGAGACCGAUUCAGGACCCACGAGCGCCUGACAGACAUCCUGUUCUUCCGCGACCCAGCAUCACAAACUUGGACCGUCGUCCUGGCCGCCCCGACUAUCCGUCGAAAUAUGAUGAAGUGCAUUUAGACAUCCACCAUGAGCAUUUCCCUCAUCAUGACCAUCAUGACGGCGUUAUAAAGCCCAUUCCCAUUCCACCUCCGCCACCCCCACCUGUGCCGAUUCCUGUCCCCGUCCCGGUCCCGGCCCCAGAUCCCGGUCUGAUUCUGCAGCAGCAGCUGGGUCAGGCCUUACUCACGAAACAUGCCAUCGAGGCCGGGGUGUUAGCGAAGGCCGCGACGUUGGGAGUCUUAGGAGCCAUUAAAGCCGGAGCCGCGGCUCACCUGGGAGCACUGGGAGCCGGUGCCGCCGUCAGUAAUAUCAAGCACGCUGUCAAGGACAAACUGAAGACGCACCUGAAGCACAAAGUGGCGCAGACAAUUGCCGGUGGAGUGGCAGUUCCAGCUGGUCUUCAUGCUCUCAAGGUGCACACUCAGCUCAAAGGAGCACAGCAUCAGCUGCGUAAAGCCCGUGAGGCCAUCUUACUCAAGCUGCUUUUACUCAGGCCAUACUUUAAGCAUGUCGGUCCCACCUACAUUAUACCCCCCGAAUUGCCGGACAUACCUAUUGGAGUCCAUUUGACACCGGUUGAAGUGGAACAGCUGCCAAGGAUAUACAUUGACGUGCCCCACAGUGAUGCGUUUGCCCCUAUCCACAUUCCCGAGCUCAAGGAUGUGUUAGAGCCGCCCUUGGAGGCUGAAUACGUGGAGUACAUCCUCGGUUUGCCUGAAUACAUAUUCUCUGCCGUCACAAGCAUGUCAAAGCGAGAGUUCUUGGUGACUUUAUUCCCACGUCUCUACCGUGAUUCGGUUCGUGACCUGGAUCCUGUUGAAGACACGACGCCCGUGUACAUCCCUAGCAAGACGGCCACUUCCUCGUACAGUGUCCCGCCCGUGUAUGAGCCACCUGAAGUACUCAAGUCUACCUACGAUGUACCAACUGCAACGCCAGUCUACACACCGCCACGCAUAACGCCUCACCAUGUGCCCUCUCCCAAGCCGCCACCUCCCCUCUACAGCGUACCGUCGACCCCAGCUUCUGCCUAUGGACCUCCACCCAUCACCACACCCAAGCCUCCUCCGCCCAUUGUCAUCAAGUCUCCUAUACCUAUCAUCACCACCACCCACAGACCCAUCAUCACCACCACCCACACGCCAAUCAUCACCACCACACACAACCCCAUCAUCACCACGACCUUCAAACCUGCUAUCACCACUACCUUCGCCCCAUCACCCCCUUCGCCUUCAUACGGACCGCCCCCACAACCGCCCCCUCAGCCGCCUCACCCCGUCUACGGACCGCCCCCUCGGCUGCCCUCUCCUGCCUACGGACCACCUCCUCAACCGCCCCCUCCUGUCUAUGGACCGCCUCCUCAACCGCCCUCUCUUGAUUACGGACCGCCAGCCACGCCCUCUGAGCUUGUGGUCGUCAAUCACGUCGACUGCCACGACCACGACGAUCCGCACGCUCCUGUGGAACAUCAUCACAUCCAUCAUCACGUCCAUGUUAGUGAUGAUGCCCAACAUCGGGAUCCUAUCAUCGUGCCGGAGGGACCCAUCAUCGCACCAGAAAUCAAUGUGGCCUUUGACCAAGUACCUGUGCGGACAACCCACCAUACGCCCACGUUCUCUACUCCCUUACCGCCCAUCUUCACCACAAGCCACACACCUCUUUUCACAACAAUACGGCCACUUGAUAACUUUCUGAAUGGAAGCCACACAGAAAGCACUCACUUCGGAGAGUACCACGUCACCACCACAGAAGAUGGAAGCCAAGAGUUACCUCGCUCCCCUGGCCCUUUCCGGGUAUUCACUCCUGGCCCGUCCCACGUCUCAUCAACUGUGCCCCUCCAUGUAUCAACCCCUGAACCUGUAGUUGUCACAUCGCCCGGACCCAUUCACAUAAGUACAGAGGCACCGCUUCAUACGUCGGUGCACGCAACCACACCCGAUCUUGUUCUGAAUUCGCACGUCACACCAGCACCCAACUUUUUCGAUACACUUGUUCCGAACCAUUCCGAACUAGGUUCCAUCCACGUGACCACACCUGGCAGCCCCCAUUCGCACCACACACCUGGCCCCAUCCACAUAACUACAGGAGAUCCCCACCAUCUUCCUGAUCACAUCCACAUUACAUCCCCUCAUCCCAUCCAUGUAAAGAAUGAUGUCUUCAAGGCUUCUGAGAUUGAUCCAUUUAACUUACCGACACACACACAGCCCGACCACGUCCACGUAACAACGCUCGGCUCCGUUAGUAUUCAACCUCAUGGCAACCCUGAAUCCGUCCGUGUGGGCAAGUACAUACCCCCUCAUACACCCGACUUCAUCAGGGCAGGUGGACUUCACCACGUCGGGAAUGUUAAAGAUCACGUGAUUGGCUCUGUUCAUACCACGACACACAUUCCAAGUGACAUAUUUAAGCCUAUCCACGCAACUACCGCCUUGCCACCCCACUCGCCCGGAUUGGACCAUGAUUCCAUUCAGCUGACCAUUUCCGAGUCGGAUUAUAAGGCUGGGCCUAUCCACGUCACUAUAUCAGAACCGGCAUAUGAAGGCGGCCCUGUUCAUGUCACCACAUCCCAGCCGCACCUAAGCCAAAGACCUGAGAAUGUGCACCACACGACCCAUAGGCCCCAUUUUGUACAUCAUUCAACCCAUAAGCCUGACCACGUAUUCCAGCCAACUCACAAGCCAGACACUAUAUUCCAUUCAACCCACAAGCCGCACGGGCAUGAACAUAUAUUCCACGCGACACAUAAACCUGACCAUACAAUCCACACAACACCUGAUACUAUCUUCCGCUCAACCUACAAACCUGAUCGUGAACACCAUACCACUCACAAACCAGACCAAGUACACCAUAUCACCCGCAGACCAGACCAUGUGCACCAUUCCACCCAAAUACCAGGCCAUGUACACCAUCCCACUCAUAGACCAGGCCAUGUACACCAUCCCACUCACACACCAGACCAUUUACAUUCAAUCCACAGACCAGAUCAUGUACACCAUUCCACCCAAAGACCAGAUCAUGUACACCAUUCCACCCAAAGACCAGAUCUUGUACACCAUUCCACCCAAAGACCAGACCAUGUACACCAUUCCACCCAAAGACCAGGCCAUGUACACCAUUCCACCCAAAGACCAGAUCUUGUACACCAUUCCACCCAAAGACCAGACCAUGUACACCAUUCCACCCAAAGACCAGGCCAUGUACACCAUUCCACUUACAAACCCGAUCACAUAUUCCACUCCACGCACAAGCCACACGGAGUGCCAGAAGUUAUACAUGUAGUGACACAGGAACCGCCGCUGUCGACGCACCACAUCUCCACUGUCAACCCUCUGCUCGGGGGUGUCGUUCUGCCCAUUGAGCAUCACUCCAUCAAGACUACUGUCAAGCCAGAUCGACGCCCUGGCAUCCCAGUAACCACCUCGACUGUGGUCGUGGGCGUUGGCGUGAGACCCCAUGGAAGCGAGAAUCAGUUCUUCACGCCCGUCUCUUCGACAGUGCAUCCUCCAUUUUCGCCCAUCACGCCUCUUUUCCCCGCAACCACUGUCGGUACACCCAUCACGUCUACCUACGCCGUGGUACCCUCCGCCGCUACGACGCCCUCCAGCAUCCCCUCCUCCAAGCAUUUCACGACCAUUCGCCCUCCGCUGACCUCAAUAGCCUCAGUCUUGCCCAUAACGACUUCAUCUUACGUCGAUAUCGGGCCCAUCAGCACCGAACCGCCGGCCAUCCUGACUAGUACGUACUCCUCCAUCUUUCCUCUCACCCCAACGCGGAUCAUCCCGACCACUCCAGAGCCUACAUUCAAAACCACAACGCGACCUUUCCCUACCACUCUCAGGCCAACUAUCAUUACCACAUCGCGCCCACUACCCACUACAAACAGGCCCUUCAUCAUCACCACAGCUCGUCCUAUCCCUACCACGAAAAGACCAACCAUCUACACGACACUGCGAUCAUUCCCGACAACCAUUCGCCCUGCUGUCGUACCCACCACUUACCCCACCACCCAGAGGCCAACCAUUAUAACCACCCUCCGUCCCUUUACGACCACGCGACGGCGGCCUGGCACGACGCCCAAGCCUCCCUUCGUAAUACCGAGCGCCGUCCCGUCCGUUCCGACGCCGUUCGAUCCCGCCACGACGCCGUUGUUCACGGUCACGGAAAUUCCGGCGACGACGACGUCUAGCACCGUAUUCCAGCUCUCGCCCACUGUGAUCGGGAACGGACAGUUCGAAAUUGACACGCUACCGCCGCGACCUCUAGAAAGCGACGAGAUCGAUAUCCUGGACAACCUCGACCUAAAUAUUGAUGUCUCAACGGAAAGGCUGUCGUUCCUGGACGUCGGGAAAGAUUUGACCCGGCACCCUGGCACGGACGCGAACGAUGACGUGCACGUUCUCUCGCCGUUUACGAAGAGGAAAGGAAAUGCCACAGAAAACAAUCAGGAGCACGCAGACGAUGACCCCUUUGGAUUGUACACAGAUUACAUGGACAAGUUCCUAAAUCGAAGUCCAGGCUCAACCGGCACUGAUUUGUCCUUUACUACUCAGGAUACCGACGACGAUGAUCCCUUCGGCCUGUAUACAGACUACAUGGAUAGGCUCCUCAGUCAAAGUCCUGAAUCCUCCUCCCACGCCACCAACACUCGCCGCUUAGUCACAGGAACCUCUGCUAUUUACGCCACCACAACCACAGCGCCCAUAGGUGGCGAGACUUCUUACACACAGGUGGCGCCCCCGCCCGGCUCUCCCUCCCUCCCGCCCGCGCUUCCGCAAGCGGUUAACACGCUCCGAAACAGAAGGGUUCCGACGCCGCAGUUGGUGGCUGGGGACGGCGUGCCGCUUCCGGAAGGCCAGGCGGGACUCACUAACCUGCAGGAGCUGCUGGCGGCUGCAGCGGCGGCGGCUAAUGAAGGUGGUGCCCCGGGCGGCAGUCCCCCCCGCCAGAUCACGGCCGAGGACCUGGCCAAGCUUCCCGCUUACCUGAGGGAGGCUCCCACGUGCGCCACCUACCCAGCCAACAGGUCCUUCUGCCUCAUGCCCCACGACUACCCCAGUGACCUUGCCGCGACCUUAGUGAGCAAGUUCGAGAAGGAGAUGCAACAGAUCAACGACCUCUUGAAACAGCUUCCGUCGCCUUCUGUGGACCUAACGCACGCAAGCAAACAGAUUCCUACGAUUGAUGCGAGCGUGGAUUGCCAGAAAGAAGAAAGGACGGUUCAACUGAGCUGGUCACGUGACAUCUUGGGCAGCUGGUUCGUCAUAAUGCAGACGCCGCCAUUCGUGCAGACGAUUACAGUGACCACCUGCAGCGCCGCCGCCAGAUUGCAGGGUUGUCGGCCGCUGCUGCAGCCGCGGCCUCUCAUCGCUUUCCAGCCCCGUGACCCCGAGCCGCGCCCCUUCGUGUUCGACUUCCCCCUACCUGUGGCGUGCGUCUUCGCCGGAGUAGACCCUCUGCAGCGUGUAAGCGUCGCAGGAUAAUAGGUCUUGUUAGGCCCGCCAGAACUGGGUCCCUCGAUAGCUUCGGUUUUGCAUUUUGAUGUUUGUUAGUUUGUCACCUGGGUGGUUUGUAGAACAGUCCAUUGUAAUUUCACAUAAAUUGUUUUGUACUCAUAAAUUGUAAUUUUUCCAUUUGGAAUUUCAGAAUUUUGCAUAUGUAAUAGAACUGUUUUAAAAGCUUACAAUCCUAUUACCUAGGCUUCGGCUGUGACUAUAGUCGUGACACCUGAUGACCAGCCUGUGACAUCAUCGCCCUUUGACUCAGACUUGGAUGACGAACGUUCCGUGACGUCACGGUCAGGCGCCCAUGGGACGGACAUAUUCGUGACGUCACUAGCGAACAGACCAAUCCCACAUCCUCAGGUGACGUCACGGUCUUUCCCACGCCUCCCGCUUCCACGGCGUCCGGAUACACUGUCGGGAGUGCCCUUCGACAAUGUCAAGACACGCACAGAAAUAGUGCAAAACGAAGCUGAAGUUAAAGUCAGCCGGCAGUCGGGAGGCUCUCGCGCUCAUCCAGCUCACGUUUUCUUGACAUUAUGUCUAUCGCUUGCUUUGCUUGUUCAAAGAUGAUCUUGUAGACUACAUAGGUAGACUUUAUACAUAAUAUGCAUAUGUAAAUUAUUUAACUGUUACAUACUACCACAAAUGUUAUAUAUAAACACAGCAUUUCCUAAUAGGUUGUACACAUAGAAUAUAUCUACAACAACGAGACGUGAAUCAACGCCAAAAAAUUUUGGACUACUUACGUGAACGGCAAAGAACACCACACCUUCACACACUUACACCAUGCAUUUCCAGGUCCAGAACAGCUUGUCCUUGACUGUAAAACGGACAAAGAACAAAAACAUCGACCCGUAUCUACACUGUCAUACUGCUAAAUGUCGUAUGGUAAAAAUACUCACCAUAUAAAUGCAUGUUUUACUAUUUUACGGGAAGAACGUUACUUACAGUAUAUCAAGAGAUCGAGCAGGAUGUGGUAGCAUCCUUAUAGAUAGUAGACACGGGAGGUGUCGUAAGACUAAAGAGGAGUACGCUAUUGCUCUUACUUGAUUUAUAACUGCAGCCAAGCAAACUGACUUUGUAAGUUACACUAAUGAUAAAGAAAUAUUUUAUUUGCACUAUAUAUACACACAAAAUAGAUGUACGUACAACAAUGUACAAUAAAGAACAAUUUCUA